AUGAAUCGAUCCAAAUCUUCAUCAACAAUAGAUCGAAAUCUUCAAGUCUUCAUCAACAAUCGAUCAAAAUCUUUAUAUCUACAUCGAAGUGAGAGUCAAGAGCUCUACAACAAACAGAAAGCAGCCGAAGCAAUUCUGUACGAGAAAGAGAAAGAAGCCCAGGCCCAAAAAGCCACGGCUGAGGCUGCUUUCUAUGCCCUCCAACAACUCGCUGAUGGAGAAUUAUAUGCUAAACAAAAAGAAAUUGCAGGGCUUAUAGCGCUCGGACAAGCCCAAGGGGUUUAUAUAUGCACGCUUUUGGACGCGUUGGAAGGGAAUUACAAUGCUCUUAGAGAUUACUUAAUGAUCAAUGGUGGGAUGUUUCAGGAGAUUGCCAAGAUUAAUGGCGAGGCGAUUCGUGGGCUGCAACAUAAAAUUAGUAUUUGGACUAAUGGUGAUGGCGGUGAGGGUGGUGAUGGUGGUGCUAUGAAGGAGGUUGUUGUUGUUUAUAGGAUGUUGCCACCAUUGUUUAAGAAUGUUCAUGAGCAAACUGGAAUGUUGCCACCAGCAUGA